AUGAGCACAGCCUGCAACAAGCGCGGACUAAGCGACGGCGACGGCGGCGGCGACGGCGGCAACCAACAAAAUGUGUUCAAGUCAUCUCCAAUAACGGACCGGGCAUCGACCUUCAUCGCACACUUCCACCCACACGAUGCAAACCCGGCCGCGAGGCCGAACAGUCUCCAUACCAAGGGAAAGCCAACAUCUCUAACCCAAACGAUUAAAAGCUUCCAGAACCACCCCGCAUUCGCGACAGCCGACCACCGCAUCGCGGCGUGGCGCCGGGCAUCUACACAGCGGACGCUGGUGCCUGCUCCUCUCAACAACACGAACCCGGCAGACCCAGGCGCAAACGUCACGUACACGACCAACUCGGACGACGACGGCGAGAGGUACGCGGGCAAGCGGCUGGAGCGCGUGCUGAACGAGCUGAACGUCCAGGGCACGGUCGUCGUCGCGCGCUGGUACGGCGGUGUGCUCCUGGGACCCGUGCGCUUCACGCAUAUUGAGAACGUGGCGAGGGAAGCGGUCGCGAAGUGGAGGCGGCAUGUUGGUGGCGGUGUUGGUGAUGACGGCAGGGGGAAGCGGCUGAAGACCGAUGAUGGUGCCACUGCCGGUGCUGCAGCACCGGCACCGGCACCGGCAUCGAUCUCCCCAAGCGACUCGAAACCUCAGCAGUUGUCGGUCGCGGAGGAAGGGCAGCGCCUGCGGCUCGUCGAGCAACUGGGCAAUCGAGACAGUAGCAUUGUGGUGCUCCGGGCGUUGCUGGCCGAGAAGAGGAAGGCAAUGCAGGAGACGCACAAAGUCACGGCCUCCCCCACGGCUCUUGUACCGUCCCCGCCUACUUCCUCUGAGCCUACUAGGCUUGUAAGCAAUGCCGAUGCCGCUGAUCCUGGUGGCGAGAGUUCCCGGACGCUAGUCCCGCCCACGCUGUCCGCAGGAGGAGACGGCGAUGGCGAUGGCGAUGGCGAUGCGGCAGCAAAAUCCACUCCUGCUGCUACUCCUGUUCCAGCUCCUGCUGUCAGUAGUAGUUCCCCAACGGGCGCGCGUGCUACGAAACCCCAAGCGAUGGAUUACAGUCACAUGCCAAUGCCACGGCUGCGACAGCUCGAGAAGGCGCGUGAUGCGACCAUUGCCUUCAUCUUGAAGCAGAUUGACAAGGCGGAGGCGGAGGAACGAGAAAUGGAACUGGAAAUGGAAAAGGAGCGUGCUGCAUAA